AUGCUUCGUAUGCCGACCGGCUAUCUAAUCGCCUUUCACAGCUAUUAUUCUCGUCAUAGCUUCCUCUCUCCAUCCACAAUGAUUUCGCGUACCAACAACCACAAGCGAUCCAAUUCUUCCGACAACAGGUCUCCUUCCCCCGAUAGGACCCUGACGAAAGCGAGAUCCGCCAAUGAUCUCGCCGGUGUCGCAACCGGUAAACCUGCGCCGGCUGUACGCUCAACCAGCGUGGGAGGCUUCCCCGAAAGUGGGUUUAGUACCCUACAAGAUCCAAGACUCCUGACCACCCCAGAAGGGACAGAGCCUUCGCAAUCACCAUCCCAUCAUCCAGAUUUGAGUAACGAGGUUGCUGCCUUGAGCGUGAAACUCGUGCAAGCGAUUAACAAUCAAACCACUCUGGAUGACACUUUAGUCGCCACUCGUCAAGAGCUCGAGCAUGCCCAGACUAAGAUCAGAGCGUUAGAAUCAGAGAAUGAGAAGCAUCGACGAGAUAUCGAUCAGGAAGUCCUAAUCAAGAAAGCUGAUGUGGACUAUGAGAUCUUACGCCUAAAGGCUGCGCUGGCAGACGAGAAGGCACAACGCGCUCUUGUCGAGAAGGAGAAGAAGGGUAUCGAGCAAGAGCUCGAGACCCUUACUGCUGCUCUCUUCGAGGAAGCUAAUAAGAUGGUAGCUGCUGCUAAGCUCGAGCGUGAGGCGGUUGAGAAGAAAAAUGAACAAUUACGUGCUCAAAUAAAAGACACGGAAUCUCUACUUGCAUCGCACCAAGAACAGUUGGCAGAGCUAAAGUCCGUUCUGCAGGGGAUGAACAUUUCCAAGGACGACAUUGAAGCCCGGACAAUUACCUCUACCGCACCGUCAUCUCCCGCGAAUCACCAGCAGCAAAAAACCUCGGCAAUCACAAAGCAAUGUACGGAAACGACUGUACUUUCGCAUCCAGCUCCAGUCCUGGAAGAAUUAACACCUGGUCCAUCCACCAGCUUCCCUCAUCUGAUUAAGCCUGUGUGUCGAAUGGACAUCCAUGCGUUCGAAGAGUUCAAGGAGUUAUUCACCUUAUCCAGUAUCUCUAAACCUCCUAGUCGUGCUACAAGUGGAUCAUAUACUGGCUUGAACGUUAUGAGUCUGGCCGCUGGCUUCAGCAGUGGGGGUUUUGGAUCAGCAUCAUCAUCACCCGCCAAAUCCCAACCACACUCUCCCAAUGGAAGUAUCUCCUCACCACAGCCAGCGAAUUCGCAUAUCCCUUUGAAGGAGACUCGCUUUUACAAGCGUGUGCUUAGCGAAGACAUUGAACCAACGCUCAGACUUGAUGCAGCCCCUGGGAUCUCGUGGCUGACUCGACGUUCAGUCCUGAGUGGUAUCUGCGACGGAAGUCUUGUGGUUGAACCCAUGCCAUCAUCGGCGAAGAAAUAUGAAUUCCCUUGCUCACUCUGUGGCGAGCGUAGAACGGGGUCUAUCAACGAAAGAACCCAUCGGUUCCGGACGUCUGACAGUGAAACGGCUCAGCGGUACCCCUUAUGCGUUCUUUGUCUAGAAAAAGUCCGUUCCUCGUGCGAGUUCACUGGCUAUCUCCGCCUCAUCCUUGACUCGCAUAUCCGUGUUGGUGAUACCGAAGACGAAAAGGAUGCCUGGGAAGAAACAGUUCGUUUAAGAGAGAGAAUGUUCUGGUCCCGGAUUGGGGGUGGCAUAGUCCCUAUUCUUGCACAGAGGAACCGCUUGGAGAGUCUUCAAGGUGCCAAUGAACAAUAUCCAGGGCCUGUGGCUGAUGAUCAGGGCGAUAUCCCCAUCGAGGUGAAGGAUGUCCCUAACGAUUUGGCUAAGAAUGGCAAUGAUGAUGGCGAGGAAUUGAACAUUCACAACCCACGCAGGCCGUCCUUGAGUGAGGAUCCAUUUGAGGAUGCUACGGAAUCCCCAGCUAGUAGCACAGCAGUGUCGGCGCCGUAUGAUAACAGCGAAGCUCAGAAUCAUGUCGAAGUCGAAUUUUCCGAACAGCCCAAUGAAAAAUUAAAAGUCUGCGUGACUGCCAAUUCCAGCGAGAACGAAGAUUCCAAAAUCACGUUACAGCCCGAAGCAUCAGUCGUCAACCAGCAGCGGUGA